AUGCGUACUGUGUCCGGAUCAGGCUUCCCCCUUGACGCUUUGUCCACAGAACAGCUGGCCAAAACCAGAGAGCACUUCCACAUGCAGUCUGAGUCCCUGGUGAGCUCACUGAUGCAGACCAUCGCCCACCAGCACUGGAAGGUCAGAGUGGCCGUCAUCGAGGCCACCGGCACAGUGAUCCAGUUUGGCAACGGGAAGUCAGUAGAUGAUGUGCUUUCUCACUUGGCCCAGCGGCUCUUUGACAGUGUCCCCCAGGUACGGCGGGCAGUGACCUCUGUGGUGGGGACCUGGCUGCGGGAGCUGCGAGACCGCUACUCAUUCUUCCACAAGCUCAUCCCACUGCUCCUGAGCAGCCUGGACGAUGAGUUCCCCGAGAUUAGGGAGUUGGCCACUGGCCUCUGGGAGGAAAUCGGCCUGCAGUGGCAGAAGGAGAACGAAGAAGAUUUGAAGGACAAGCUGGACUUCGCUGCGCCACCGCCUGUCCACUACCCACUGCAAGAGAGCCGUCCAGGUCUGGGCUGCCGGGAACUCGUCUUCAGGAACCUGUCCAAGAUCCUGCCAGGCCUCUGCCGGGACCUGGGCGACUGGGUGGUGGGCACCAGGAUCAAGGCUGCACAGCUGCUGACCGUCCUCCUCCUGCAUGCGGAGGACCACACCACACAGCACCUAGAGCCCGUCCUCCAGGCCCUGCAGCAUGGCUGUGCCGAUGAGGAGCCCACCGUUGUCAGCAGCUCCAUGAAGACAGCAGAGCUUGUUGGCACCUUCGUCAGCCCAGAGGUGUUUCUGAAGUUAAUCUUGUCACCAUUGAGGAAAUCGCCCUCUGCCUGCAGCCUGCUGGUCCUGGCCUGUGUCCUCCGGGGUUGCCCGAGAGAAGCCCUGCAGCCCCACCUUCAGGCUGUUGCCACAGAGCUGGCCCACAUCUGUCAGGCGUCUGAGAAUCACCUCUACCUGGAGCACCUGCUGCUGUGUGUACAGGCCCUGCUCACCGUGUGCCCGGAGGACUGUGCUGCUUGUGGCCUCCCGCUGCUGCAAGUGCUAGUGGCUGUGCUGGCCGCCUCGGGCACGGGCGACCUGCACCAGAAGGUGCAGGAGGCGCUGGCCUCACUAGCUGUGGUGGAAGGAGUGCAUGGACCCCAGGACGUGUACCAGAAGCACAUGGGUGCAUUGAUGGAGUGGGUGACCGCCUCACACAGCGACUGGACCAUCUACUCCACAGAGCUCAUGCAGCUUAGCGUGCUCCUCACUCAGACAGGCCCUGCUGUGGGAGAGGCUCUUCAGCACCUGAUCCCCACCCUCAGGAGCUGCUUGCACCCCGCCCGGGACCCCCAGAUGCGCCUGAAGCUGUUUUCGGACCUUUCCAGAGUGCUGCUGAGAGCCCAUGAGACUAUGGACUCAAAAGGGCAGCUCCACAGCUACCUUCAGACACUGGUGACAGACGUUCUGGUUCCCAACCUGCAGUGGCACGCCGGAAGGACCGCAGCAGCCAUUCGCACGGCUGCCAUCUCCUGCCUCUGGGCGCUCAUCAACUCCGGGACCCUGUCUACUGAACAGAUCCUGGAGAUGGAGGGAACACUGAUGCCACACAUGGUCACUUCCCUAGAGGAGGACUCCCAGAUGACCCGGCUGCUCUCAUGCCGCAUCAUCGACCUUUUCCUACAGACCUCUGGUGACCAGAACAACCCCGAGCAGCUCAUCAAGGUCUAUCCAGAACUCUUAAAACGCCUCGACGAUGUGUCCAGCGAAGUGAGGAUGGCAGCGCUCACCACCUUGGUCACCUGGCUGAGGUGCAUCCGCGAUGACGACAGCAAGUCCUACUACCAGAGCAACACGCAGCACCUGUACCGGGAGCUGCUCGUGUACCUAGACGACCCGGAGCCGGCCGUCCAGAACGCCGUCCUUGAGGUGCUCAGAGAGGGCAGCGUCCUGUUCCCGGAGAUCCUGCUGCAGGAAACCGAGGCUGUGCAGCACAAACACCGCUCCCCGGCCCACUGCCAGCAGCUGCUGCAGCAUGUUCGGGCCCUGGUGGCCUCACACUGA